CUCUCCUGUUUCAUUUAGCUUAUUGCCAAAAAUAAUUCACAUUUGAAAUGUUACAGAACGGCUUUUAUCUCAUUUGGCUUCUGUUAUUAUUUGGGUUGAGCAACAGUGGAGCGCUGAACGACCCACAUCCAGAGCUCUCCGAUCAGGAGCUUUUCUGGGGAGCCGAUCAGUAUGACUUUUCCAUCAUGCUGCGUGCUGGAGACCUCCAGUGCUACUGGCACUUUGCUCACUUCGGUGAGCGCUUCUACUUAAACUCCAUGGUCCAGCUGGUGACCGGUGUGGCUCUGGACAGACAUCUCUCUGUGACUGUUAAUGCUCCGAGCGGUUUAAUAGUCGGCAAAGUUGAUGAUGCAAGUGGUCAGAUUGCCUUCAAUGUUAAGGAGACUGGUUUUUAUCAGAUGUGCUUCAGUAAUUUCCACAAUCGCUUCGGGAGCAUGCAGGUUUUCCUGAACUUUGGUGUGUAUUACGAGGGACAAAAGGAAGAAGAGAAGAAAAAGAAAGAAGAGGACAUGAAACAGAUAAAUAGUACACUGUCCUUUAUUGAGGAAAGCAGCAGCAGGCUGCAGAGGUUUGUCUUCCACAUGUGGCGUCAUUAUAACUACGAGCGAAUGAGACGCGGCACUGAUUUCUACCUGCUUCAGUCCAACUCCACUUAUGUGAACAGCUGGUCUGCUGUCCAGAGUCUGCUCAUCCUCACAGCUGGAUACCUGCAGCUCUACUGCCUCAAGAGGCUCUUCAACACCAAACCAGCAGAGGGAGACAAGCCCCGCUGUUAACAUCGACACUAAACCUGUCUCUUACUUCAGCCCUACAUGAGUAUUUUGUUCACUUUUAUGU